AUGUCAGUGAGCAACAGGAAUUCAAACGACUGGACCCAACGUAUUAUUACCAGCAAUAGCGGCUCAUCCUCACUUUCGAGCCCCCUCCGCUCACCGGUUCCAAAAAGAAGCGGGUUGACGAUAGAGUAUGCACAGAGAGAACAGAGAGAAAUGAGAGAAAGAGAAGAGAGAGGAAAUAGAGAGGGAAUGGAAAGAGAAUUGAAAGAGCGAAGAGAAAGGGAAACAAGAGUGAGAGAAGACAGAACCGCAGAGGAGAGCCUUCCACUUCAGGAGACUCCGCCCUGGCAGUGUGAGCACUACCAGAGACGUUGUACUGUCAAGUUUCCAUGCUGCGGAGUGUUUUAUCCGUGCGAACGCUGUCACAAUUUAUCGGGGACAUGCCCUGCUAAUGAUAAGAAGGCACGUCAUGCGACGCAUGUCAAGUGCGGAAAUUGUGGACGCGAAGAAGAGGUUAGUAUCUUUUGCAUUCUUGGAAUCUUGUCGUAAUGAAGUAGCUUAGAGAAACAAAGUCAUAAAAAACCCGAUUUUAUCCCAAAAUACCAGACGUUAAGAUCCCACGGGGGUGAAUUACAUCUAACUUCAGAUUAAUCAGAAAACCAAGAGCAAUAGAGAGCCUUCGGCUUGAGCGACGUUGGAAACGAAUUUCUUGUAAGCACGAAGGCCAAUCAGCGCGGGAAAAUAAUUUUGGCCAGGUCUCCACUGGUUUUGGUUUGGCAUCUGAUUGGGUGAGAAGUUGGUGCGAGGCUUUUAGAUUGAUCCUACAGUUCUAUGACGGGAAAUCAAUGUCAUAUGCUGGGUUAUUAUCGUCACUUAGUUGAAACAAGAGAACUUGGCUCCAAGAGGCAACUGUUUAAAUCAUACCUCUAUAUAAAUUGCUCUAGAUAUUGCUUGUGACGCAAUGUUUAGCUAAACUGAUAGAGGGAUAAACAACUUCUUUGUAACAUUCUGAAAUUAAAAAUCACUUUUUAACGUAACAUCCUCUGACUGAUGAUAUUCUAAUCUAAUUCAGAUAAACGAAGAAAGUCAAACCUGCAGACGCUGUGGCGUAAAAUUGUCAGAAUAUUUCUGCCCAAAGUGUAAGCAUUUUAUAGGUGUUGACAAGAACCCUUUCCACUGUGAGAAGUGUAAAAUCUGCCGGUAAGUUGUUUUUCAAUUGAAUUAUACUUAACAAAUAGAUUCCAAGUUGCCGUGCGUCUGUUCAGUAAUAGAUCACAGAGGACGUCAAAAUGUGGUCAGAACAAAAAAGUGGCACACGAGGCGCAGCUGAGUGUGUCACUGAUGUUCUGAUCACAUUUUGACGUCCUCUGUGAUUUAUUACUGAACAGACGCACGGCAACUUGGAAUCUAUUUGUUUUAUAUAAUAAAGAAUUAAAACAAGUUUUAAUGAUGACGUCAUCUAUACGUCUGUUCUCCAAUAGAUCAUAAGUGAGAACCAACCAGAAUGCGUGCAGAACUGAGCUUAUAAUAUAAAACGACUAAGUGACACGUUCAUUACCCCGUAUGCUAUACAUUCAAAACAUCCAGUUAUAUGCAGAGUCAAAAUCCUUUUUAGAACGUAUUGUUUUCUUUAAACCUAAAAGAGACAGUUUUAAGGGAAUACAACAAAGGUUGUUAUAAGAACUGUUAACUCCUGCGCCCUCCAAACGUUUCUUUAAGUGCCACUGAAUAUUUCUACAGGCGAAGCACAUCUCGGUUCGUGAAACUGAGGCCACUCUGCUUGGCCAACAAAAUCUGUUCCGAGUGCUAUUGAGAGCGAAGUGAUGCAAAGUUUUGCAUUGCACAAUAACAUUUUGAAUAACUUCCGAAAGGUCAUAAAGAGACGUAACAUAGAUGGAAAGAAGAAAACGAUACGUUGAACACUGGCCUGUUUUACCUUUGCAAAGAACAUUGCAAUAGUUUUUGCUUUGAGAGAACCAUCCGCCAGCUUGGAAUAACGUUAGUGGCGUGAUAACCCUAUCAUUUAAUUUAACCAAACUGUUUUUCAGCUUUUACAAGGACAGAUCAUUUCACUGCGACGUGUGCAAUGUUUGCAUGGAGAAGCGAAUGGUGGGAAAACACGAAUGUCGGCCGAACUCAGGACACGACGAGUGUUGCAUCUGCUUGGAGGUAAUUAUAGAUCAUAUUUAAUACUUUUAAAUUGCUUCAAACACAGCCGGGAAUUUACGCUUUGUGACAAAGGUUUUAAAGGACACAAAAAGCACAAAAAAAAAGUACCAGCUUUAUCAUUGACACCCUUUGCAUAUUUUGUUUUACUUUCCAAAGAACCCAUCAGAAUGCUACAGAAUGCCAGUGAGCCACAAGCAUUCAAAUGAUUGGACCCAACAUCCUACAACCAUUAGUGACACCUCCUCCUCACUUUUUAGCCCCCCCCUUCAGAAAGAAGCAGGUUGAUGCUAGGGAAUGUAUAUUCCAGUGAGGUGAGUCUACGGCAUAGAGGUCCAUUGCCAGUGAAUUACCAACGUGUGACACCAACAAGGGGGCAGUUCCCCAUUGUCUUUAGCUUCAGCCGAGGCACUGACUGGCCUAACCGAAAUGAAAACCUGCCAUGUAACAAGCAUCAAACUGACUUUUCAAGGUUUGAAAACGUUUCUGUAGGAAAUAAGACUCAGGCUGCAUCACCUUCACUUGGAGUCAGACCAUUGGCGCCCUCUGUGAGGUAUCCAGCCGUUACCACACCAGAUUUUCAUACCAACACUCGGCAAUUCUCUUCAAGCACGACUUCAGGAAGUGUAGCCCCAGUUACUUCCACUAAGGAUGAGUUUAGCAGUCAUGGACAAGAAGGCGUAGGGGACUUCAACAUGUACAGGCCCUCCCAUGGGGAUACCCAAGCAAAUGGAGGUUUGACUUCAACAGAAAUGGUUUAUUCAGAGAGACGAGAGGAAAGCUUGAGGAGCCAUGGCCUAUUCAAUUAUCAAUGGGGCGAUUCAUUUGCCUCAGUAUCGCUCAGGUACCCUUCACUGGUUCCUCUAGAACAACAAGAGGCUGAAAUCGAUAGAGUUCCUAAAGAGCGAGAAGAACGAACCAAAAAGCAGAGAGAGGCGCCACAGAGACAUAGGGAUACAAGAUCAAGGAAGAAAAAAAAGGCGCAAAGACAUAAGGAUGCAAGAUCAAGGGAGCAAAGAGAGGUGGCACAAAGACAUACGGAUACAAGAUCAAGGGAGCAAAGAGAGGUGGCACAAAGACAUAAGGAUGCAAGAUCAAGGAAGCAAAGAGAGGUGGCACAAAGACAUAAGGAUGCAAGAUCAAGGAAGCAAAGAGAGGUGGCACAAAGACAUAAGGAUGCAAGAUCGAGGAAGCAAAGAGAGGUGGCACAAAGACAUAAGGAUGCAAGAUCGAGGAAGCAAAGAGAGGUGGCACAAAGACAUAGGGAUACGAGAGAAAAGAAGCAAAGAGAGGAAACGUUUCCAAGGUUUGAAAACGUUUCUGUAGGAAAUAAGACUCAGGCAGCAUCAGAAAGAAGCAGGUUGAUGCUAGGGAAUGUAUAUUCCAGGGCAAAGAGUCUACGGCACAGAGGUCCAUUGCCAGUGAAUUACCAACCUGUGACACCAACAAGGGGGCAGUUUCCCAGCCGAGGCACUGACUGGCCUGACCGAAAUGAAAACCUGCCAAGAAACAAACAUCAAACUGGCUGCUCAAGGUUUGAAAAUGUUUCUGUAGGAAGUGAGACUCAGCCCUCACCUGGAGUCAGACCAUUGGCGCCCCCUGUGAGAAAUUCAGCCGUUACCAUACCAAGUUUUGGUACUUCCACUAUUGAUUUGUUUAGUAGUCAUAGACAACAACGCGUUGGGGACUUCAACAGGUACUGGACCUCCGAUGCAGUUGUUCCAGCACUUAGUGGUUUGCCUUCGUCACUUCAGGAGACUCCAUUCUGGCAGUGUGAGCAUUACCAGAGACAUUGCACGGUCAAGUUUUCAUGUUGCGCAAUGUUUUAUCCGUGCCAACACUGUCAUAAUUUAUCGGGGACAUGCCCUGCUAAUGAUAAGAAGGCACGUCAUGCGACGCAUGUCAAGUGCGGAAAUUGUGGACGCGAAGAAGAGGUUAGUAUCUUUUGCAUUCUUGGAAUCUUGUCGUAAGGAAGUAGCUUAGAGAAACAAAGUCAUAAAAACCCGAUUUAAUCCCAAAUACCUGACGUUAAGAUCCCAUGGGAGUGAGUUACAUCUAACUUCAGAUUAAUCAGAAAACCAAGAGCAAUAGAAAGACUACGGCUUGAGCGACGUUGAAAACAGAAAACAAAUUCCUUGUAAGCACGAAGGCCAAGCAGCGCGGGAAAACAAUUUUGGCCAGGUUCCCACUGGUUUUGGUUUGGCAUCUGAUUGGGUGAGAAGUUGGUGCGAGGCUUUUAGUUUGAUCCUACAGUUCUAUGACGGGAAAUCAAUGUAACAUGCUGGGUUAUUAUCGUCACUUAGUUGAAACAAAAGAACUUGGCUCCAAUAGGCAACUGUUUAAAUCAUGCCUCUAUAAAAAUUGCUCUAGAUAUUGCUUGUGACACAAUGUUUAGCUUAACUGAUAGAGGGAUAAACAACUUCUUUGUAACAUUCUGAAAUUAAAAAUCACUUUUUAACGUAACACCCUCUGACUGAUGAUAUUCUAAUCUAAUUCAGAUAAACGAAGAAAGUCAAACCUGCAGACGCUGUGGCGUAAAAUUGUCAGAAUAUCUCUGCCCAAAGUGUAAGCAUUUUAUGGGUAUUGACAAGAACCCUUUCCACUGUGAGAAGUGUAAAAUCUGCCGGUAAGUUGUUUUUCAAUUGAAUUAUACUUAACAAAUAGAUUCCAAGUUGCCAUGCGUCUGUUCAGUUAUAGAUCACAGAGGACGUCAAAAUGUGGUCAGAACAAAAUAGUGGCACACGAGGCGCAGCCGAGUGUGUCACUGAUGUUCUGACCACAUUUUGACGUCCUCUGUGAUUUAUUACUGAACAGACGCACGGCAACUUGGAAUCUAUUUGUUUUAUAUAAUAAAGAAUUAAAACAAGUUUUAAUGAUGACGUCAUCUAUACGUCUGUUCUCCAAUAGAUCAUAAGUGAGAACCAACCAGAAUGCGUGCAGAACUGAGCUUAUAAUAUAAAACGACUUAGUGACACGUUCAUUACCCCGUAUGCUAUACAUUCAAAACAUCCAGUUAUAUGCAGAGUCAAAAUCCUUUUUAGAACGUAUUUUUUUCUUUAAACCUAAAAGAGAUAGUUUUAAGGGAAUACAACAAAGGCUGUUAUAAGUACUGUUAACUCGUGCGCUCCAAACGUUUCUUUAAGUGCUAUUGAAUAUUUCUCCAGGCGAAGAAAAUCUCGGUUCGUGAAACUGAGGCCACUGUGCCUGGCCAACAAAAUCUAUCCCGAGUGCUAUUGAGAGCGAAGCAAUGCAAAGUAUUGCAUUGCGCAACAACAUUUUGAACAAUUUCCAAAAGGUCAUAAAGAGACGUAACAUAGAUUGAAAGAAGAAAACAAUAGAAUGGUUUUUGCUGUGGGAGAAACAUCCGCCGGCUUAGAAUAACGUUAGUGACGUGAUGGCCCUAUCAUUUCAUUUAAUCAAACUGUUGUUUCAGCUUAAACAAGGACACAUCCUUUCACUGCGACGUGUGCAAUGUUUGCAUGGGGAAGCAAAUGGAGGGAAAACACAAAUGUCGGCUGAACUCAGGACUUGACAAUUGUUGCAUCUGCUUUGAGGUAAUUAUAUAGAGAUCAUAUUCCACACUUUUAAAUUGCUCCAAACACAGGUGGGAAUUUAUGCUUUGUAGCAAAGAUCUUAAAAGACAUCUGAAGCCGUAUGAGACAGCUCUUAAUAAUGAAAAUGUCUGGGUACGAGUGUUACUGACACGUUAAAUUCUGCAUGCUAUUUCAGGAGGUGUUCACUGGUGGCCAAAUCAUGCCAUGCUCACAUAAGGUUCAUAAAGAGUGUGCCUCUAGAAUGAUGAUUUAUGCAAAGAUACAGAAUCGCGUGUAAGUAUGUUUAGAUAGUCCAAAGUAACUGUUCAUAACGUUUUAAAGGAUAUUAAUAAACGAGAGUAUAACUUAAGUAAUGGUGGUGGUGCUGUCAUCAUGAAACCGUUUCCGCAGUUGUCAGUUGAUGUAUCAAGACUUCUCUUACUUGAUGCAAUGAACACGCCAUUAUGCUGUAGUGAUGUAAACAUAAAACUCGGAUAUUCUGUGGGUGUAACAAGUAGUGCUGUGUUACGCGAUGAGGUACAGUAUCAAACGGCAGUUUGUUCGUCAAUGUCGAAAGAAAUCCAGGAUAACUUUGGUUUGGCAGGAAACUCGAGCCAGCUUCUCAACAAAUCAAGUACAAAACUAAAAGCAAUUUCGGCUUGGUCAUUCACGUUUUCGCGCACUUUCCUAACUUUGAAUUCUUAUUGGUUAUGAGGAAUUCUAAACAAGUGUCACAAGUAACCGGGAUUACGUUGGCUUUCCAUCACUUCGCUCUGUUAUUGGUCCAGAAAACUAUAUCUGGACCAAUCAGAUACAAAACUAACCCUAUCUGCGACAUAAUCACUCCUUUUCUUCCCGCCUUUAGAGGAGUGUACUUUGAGAGCUCUGUAUCUUACAGUUUCUUUUUCUUUUGCUUUUAGUCUUACUUGCCCGAUGUGCCGCCGCCCUGUGGAAGGUCACGAAACAGAGGAUCCAAGCCAAGAUGGUUAA